AUGUGGUAUAAUUUACUUAAAUCAACAAAAAUACAAAUAGACUCUUUGGUUGAAAAUAAAAAAUCUAAAUUAAAACGAAAGUUUGACGUGUUAGUUUCCAAAAAGCCAAAUAUUCAAAAGAAAUUUCACACACCUUUAAACGUAGACGAUGCCGUAAUUAAUUUAUCAAGUGUUCAACUAUCCACAGAUGAACUUGACCUGUUGAAUAAAGGCCUUAAUUAUGGAAUUAAACCUAAAAAACAACCAGUGAAAGAUGUGAUAAUUGACAUUGAAACUAUAUUGAAAUUUAAACAAAUUACAGUUAAAAACGAAAUUCGAGAACGUACCAAGUUUUGUGUUGAAAACAGAAAUCAUCAUCUUUCCAACUCUAACCACAUUGAUGAAAAUAAAAUUGUAUCAUCUUUGAAUGAAAAAGAAUGCUAUGUCAUGAAAUCAGACAAAGGCAACAAAAUUGUGGUGAUGGAUAAGAACGAAUACGAUCGACGUUGUUGGAAGUUGAUAACUGAUAGCGGAUACGAUGAAAUCAAAAGAUCCCCUCUUAACAAAAUGGUCACAGCUGCUAAUGAAGUAAGAAAGGAGAUCAGUAAUGUUUUUGGUGAACAGUUUAAAUGGAAACUUCUGAUUUCAAAUCCUGAUGUACCGAGACUCUACUGCUUACCAAAGGUUCAUAAACCUGGGGAUUCAAUGAGGCCUAUUGUAGCACUUUUAAGUGCACCGUGUACAAACAUCUCACGAUGGUUGGUCCAAGAAAUGAAACAGUACCUACCUUGUGAAAGCCUAUCGGUUAAAAAUUCGAUCGAAUUUGCAGAAAGAGUUAAGAACAUAGAAUUAGCCAACGAUGAAAUUUUGGCUUCUUUCGAUGUUUCUUCACUUUUUCCUUCAAUACCAGUUCCAAAAGCAAUAGAGAUUUUCAAAAAUAAUCUCAUGAAGCAGAACAUUCCAAUUGAAAAAGUAAAUGUUUAUGUACGAGCAGCUGAAAUGUGCAUGAAUACGAAUUACUUUCAAUUUAGGGGGCGAUUUUUCAAAAUCAACUUUGGAACGAGUAUGGGCAACCCGCUUUCACCAUUAAUUGCGGAAACAUUCAUGGCUGAUUUUGAAAUGCAAUUAAAAAGGAAAGGCCAUCUUCCACAAACCUGGUUUCGCUACGUUGAUGACAUCUUUACAAUCGUCAAAAAGAAUAAGGUAAAUGAUUUGUUAUCAAUAUUGAAUACCCAACACAACAGCAUCUAA